UAUUAACCUUUUACUUUUGUGUGCAUGUUUCAUGACAAAACUUUAUGACUGAUAUUUAAUUUGAUGUGCUUUUGAUCAGAUCCAAGGCAUAUAAAGGAUGAUCAAACUAAUCAGUAAUCACUUCACUCUGCUAAAUCCCCUUCCUCUGUUUUCUCUGACCUUAAAUCCCUCAUUUCCUCACUCCAAAAAGUCCAAAAAAGAAUGACAAAAUCAUCACAAAUUACCAAAUUUUUUAUCUUCUUUAUCUCUAUUACAUUCGAGCUAUCUAAAGCUAAUGAAAUGGACCAUCUUUUAUCCUUCAAAGCUUCGGUAAAAGACCCGACCCGUUCGCUUUCGAGUUGGGGUCAUUCCAAAUCAAUAUGUACUUGGAAUGGCAUUUCUUGCACACCUAACAAAACUCAUGUCCUUACAAUCAACCUCUCUACCAAAAACAUCUCCGGCGAGAUUCCGCCGUCGUUGUUUCGUCUUCCCUUUGUUGUUUCCAUUGAUCUUUCCGGUAACCAGCUUUAUGGGAAUGUUUCAGAAGGUUUGUUUUCCUGUUUAUCACUAAAGAACCUCAACUUAAGCAACAAUAACCUCACCGGCGGUGUGCCUAGUCCGGUGAAAUACGGCACCGGUUUCGAGACGUUAGACUUCUCCAACAAUAUGCUCACCGGUAAAAUACCGGAGAAUCUCGGUUUGCUGAGUAAUUUGAAGUAUCUUGAUUUUGGCGGGAAUGCUCUAGUGGGGGAAAUCCCGAGGUCGAUUUCGAAUUUGACGAAGUUGGAGACUAUAACAUUGGCUUCUAACCAACUUUCCGGCGAAAUUCCAUUUGAAUUGGGGAAAUUGAAGAAUUUGAAAUGGAUUUAUUUGGGGUACAACAAUUUGUCAGGAAGUAUCCCAAUUGAUUUGGGUAUGUUACCCUCACUUUACCAUCUUGAUCUUGUUUACAACAAACUCAGUGGCUCAAUUCCGUUAUCUUUUGGUAAUCUUACAAAUCUUCAACACCUUUUUCUUUACCAAAACAAGUUAAAUGGCUCAAUUCCUCCCUCUAUUUACACACUAGGAAGUCUAGUUUCACUUGACUUGAGUGAUAAUCGUCUCUCCGGCGAAAUUCUUGAGGAAAUCAUCCACCUUAAAAACCUCGAAGUUCUUCAUCUUUUCACUAAUAAUUUCACAGGAAAAAUCCCAAACUCUAUAUCUUCAUUGCCUCGUCUUCGAGUUCUUCAGCUAUGGUCUAAUAAUUUUCAUGGUAACAUCCCUAAAGACCUUGGCAAAACCAACAACCUUACAGUUUUAGACCUUUCUACAAAUUCCCUUAGCGGGAGAAUCCCUGAUUCCCUUUGCAAUUCCGGAUAUCUUUCUAAGCUUAUCCUCUUUUCGAAUUCCCUUUUUGGAAGAAUCCCAGUUAGCUUGGGAUCAUGCCACUCUCUUAAACGCAUUCGUCUUCAAAACAAUUCUCUUUCUGGGGGGUUGCCUAAGGGGUUUACCAAGCUCGAAAAUGUUUAUUUUCUCGAUGUUUCGAACAAUGAUCUAUCCGGGGAUGUGAACGAAGAGAAAUGGGAUAUGCCAAUGCUUCAAAUGUUGAAUUUAGGUAAUAAUAAGUUUGUUGGAGGGUUGCCUGAUUUGUCAACUAGUGUUAAGCUUGAGAAUUUUGAUUUAUCAGAUAAUCAUUUUUCGAGUAAUAUUCCUACUAGUUAUGGUAAACUUAAAGAGUUGAUGUUGUUAAGGCUAUCUAGAAACCGGAUUAGUGGAGCAAUUCCGGAGGAGUUAACAUCAUGUAAGAAAAUGGUAACCCUUGACCUUAGUCAUAAUAGGCUAACCGGCCCAAUCCCUCGCGGGUUGGGUCAAAUGCCGGUGUUGGGUCAGCUAGACUUAUCGGAGAAUCAGCUUUCCGGUGAGAUACCGAGGAACUUGGGUGACGUGGACUCAUUAGUUGAGGUUAACAUUUCGUAUAACCACCUUCGCGGUAGGUUGCCCUCCACCGCUGCAUUCCUUGACAUCAACUCGAGUGCAGUGGCGGGGAAUGAUCACCUAUGUGGUGGGCCCCACGACGACUCCACGAGCGGGUUACUACCAUGCGGAGGGGACGAUCAUAAGGGCCCCACCAUGGCCGUGUGGUGGGGCCUAGCUAUAUCACUUGGUGUUAUCAUGUUUGUUACAAUCAUCACCCUUUGUGUGUUCAUCAUCAUCAAGAAAAGGAGGCAAAGGUUGUUACAAGUCCAAAGGAUGGAAAUGAAUGAUGGCAUUUGGGAAAUUCAACUCUUUGAUCCUAGGGCAUCUAAGAAUAUUUCCAUCCAUGACAUUAUUACCGCGAAAAAUGAUAGCAACAAGAAAUUUGUGGUAGAAGAGUUGUUGAUGAGUGUGAAUAACUUGUGGGAGGAGAUUUCACAAUUUGGUAAAAUUAGGCAUCCAAAUAUUGUGAAGCUUCUUGGGGUUUGUAAGUCCGAAAAGGGAGGGUUUUUGAUGUAUGAGAAGGUGGAAGGGAAGUGUUUAAGUGAAGUUGUUCAUGAAUUGAGUUGGGAACGUCGUAAAAGGAUCGCUAUUGGGAUUGCUAGGGCUCUCAAGUUCCUACAUUAUCAUUGCUCGCCGAGUGUUUUUGUCGGUGAAAUGUCGCCGGAGAGAAUCGUCGUCGAUGAAAAAGAUGAGGCUCGCCUGAGAUUAAGUGUUGGUGGUGGGUUAUUUUGCUUAGGACCUAAGAGCUUCAUGUCUUCUGCCUAUGUUGCACCAGAAACAAAAGAGGCUAAGGAGAUCACAGACAAAAAUGAUGUCUAUGGAUUUGGUCUAAUUCUUGUUCAACUCCUCACCGGAAAGGGCCCAACAGAGGCAGAGUUAGGUGCCCCGAAUGGUGUUAUCGGGUGGGCACGCCAUUGUUAUUCGGAUUGUCAUCUCGACACGUGGGUUGAUCCCCGGAUCCGAGAUCAAAAGUUGAAUAACCCAAAUGAGAUUGUGGAGACUAUGAACUUGGCUCUCCAAUGCACUGCUACUGACCCAACUGCAAGGCCUUGUUCAAGUGAUGUUGUUAAAACCCUAGAGUCUAUUAUAAAGACUAAAAGGUGUGUUUUAGGGUUGGAAAUCUCAAAGUAAUUAGUUUUUGGAUUUCUUUUCCUCUUUUAAUUUAUUUAUUUUUAAUUUUUGAUUUAGUCUUGUAUUAAUUUUGGUUUAAUUUAGGGUUGUUGAAUAUAUAUUUUUAGUGCGGUUAUUUGUUUGAUGACUGAUUAGUGAGUGUAGAAUAUGCAGGUAGAUGAUUUUUGAAUUGUAUUUUACAAUAUAUAUAGUUAAUGAAUGUAUUAUUUAUAAUAA